AUCCCUGAAGCCGCUUUGUGAGGGGCGAACUUGGAAGGCCACUCGCCCAUCGUUUGGGUCGCUUUGGGUCUGAGCCCGCUUGACCCCGCGGUCGCCCUCUUGCCCGGCUGCUGCUUCUGGAACUCACAGUGCCGCGGGGGACUGAGGCUCGGGGCUCUGUUACCGGCUGGCGUUGUGACCUCAACUUGUGGUCCAGCAUCUCAAACUCGGUUUCAUCUUCGGUAAAAUGAGUCCCAUGGUUUGGCUGGUGGCAAUGCCGUCCAGGCAGAGUUCCCUCUAUGGUCUGGCUGCUCAUGGCCUCUGGCUCUUGGGCCUUGUCCUCCUGAUGGAUGCAUCUGCUAGACCUGCCAACCACUCAUCCACUCGGGAAAGAGCAGCCAACAAGGAGGAAAAUGAGAUCCUACCCCCAGACCACUUGAACGGGGUGAAACUAGAGAUGGAUGGACACCUGAACAAGGACUUCCACCAGGAGGUUUUCCUGGGGAAGGAUAUGGAUGGGUUUGAUGAGGACUCAGAGCCAAGGAGAAGCCGGAGGAAGCUGAUGGUCAUCUUUUCCAAGGUAGAUGUGAACACUGACCGGAGGAUCAGCGCUAAGGAGAUGCAACACUGGAUUAUGGAGAAAACAGCAGAACACUUCCAGGAGGCUGUCAAGGAAAACAAACUACACUUUGGGGCUGUGGACCCUGAUGGUGACGGCUAUGUGUCCUGGGAUGAAUAUAAAGUGAAGUUUUUAGCAAGCAAAGGCCACAAUGAGAGGGAAAUUGCUGAUGCCAUCAGGAACCAUGAGGAACUCAAAGUGGAUGAGGAGACACAGGAAGUCCUUGAGAACCUCAAAGGUCGCUGGUAUCAGGCCGACAAUCCACCUGCAGACCUGCUGCUGACUGAGGAGGAGUUCCUUUCAUUCCUUCACCCUGAGCACAGCCGGGGCAUGCUCAAGUUCAUGGUCAAGGAGAUUGUUCGGGACUUGGACCAGGAUGGUGAUAAGCAGCUGUCUCUGCCUGAGUUCAUCUCCUUGCCAGUGGGCACUGUUGAGAACCAGCAAGGCCAAGACAUUGAUGACAAUUGGGUGAAAGACAGGAGAAAAGAGUUUGAGGAACUGAUUGAUUCCAACCAUGAUGGGAUUGUGACCAUGGAGGAGCUGGAGAACUACAUGGACCCCAUGAAUGAAUACAAUGCCCUCAAUGAAGCCAAACAGAUGAUCGCCAUUGCCGACGAGAACCAGAAUCACCACCUGGAGCCUGAGGAGAUUCUCAAGUAUAGCGAGUUCUUCACUGGCAGCAAGCUGAUGGACUAUGCCCGCAAUGUGCAUGAGGAAUUCUGAGCAUGCCCCUCAACCCUCAACUGGGGCCAGGCCACCAGUCUCCUGUCUGACCCUUCCUAUAUCUUGAGGGAGAGGCCUGUGGUCUAGUGAGACCUGUGGUUGACUUGGGUCCCAGGGUGGUUCUGAAAUGCUCUACCUACCCUGUGUCUGGGAACUACCAUGAUCCCUAAGAGUGCUGUCCCAGAACCUUCUUUCUUCUGCUGUGUUCGUAUGCUCUGGCUCAGCCCCUGCCACAGCAUGGCCCAGACUUAUUAAAAAUGUGCUUAAUAGGCUAUGUGUCCUUUCCAGCA